AUGGUAUCCGCCGACCCUGCCGUGCCUCGAGCACCGCAGAGUCCUCGCAGCCUGACGAUGUCGGAAUCGGUGGCACCGCAGCCAACCACGCCCGAGCGCACUGCCACCGGCAACCCGGUCCGUCUCUCUAUCCCGCUCGACGCGUCCAGCAAGAGAGUCGUGCCCGUCUACCCAGACCGCAAACUUGCUCGUCGCGACAGCAUGGACCGCAGGGAAGCGCUGCUCAAGGGCAAAGAAGGCUCACGUCAGCGGCGACGAUGGGAAAAUGAUCGCUUGAUCUCGAACCCCUGGGCUGUGCCUCCUCUCCCCUCGGACUGGCAAGUGGUUCCUACUUAUCCGCGGCGCACGGUCCCUUACUACCUGGCCCCUCUGUGGGACGCGGCCGAGUUCCAACGAGCAGUCGAGGCGAAGCUCAAGGGACGCAAGAACAGCACGAGGAACCGGGGCAAGAGCGGCACGCAACACAGCGGCAUGAGCCCUAUGGAAGAGGCGGCGACCAACAUCCCAAAAGAAGUUCGUGCCCGGUUAAAGCGAGCGCGGGCUUCGGUGGGUCUGCUUCAAGAUCUCGAGGAGACGGUGCGCGCGUUUGUGCAGAAGUGGAAUGAGAGGGAGGCUCGCCUACGCGAAGAAGGUCUAGAUGAUGUCCCCUUGAUGAGUGACAGUGAGGAAGACGACGAGAUCGUCUUCAUUGGCAGGAACGGUGUCAUGCACGACUCGCCCGGCCGGAAGGAGAGGCAGAAAGCUGAAGGGUGGGAUGGUGACACCAUCAAUUCCGAGAAGCUCAUCUUCGACGGCCUCGACAACGACAAGGGCGCUUCCUUUGCUCGUUGGCUGGUCCAUUGCGUGGGGAGCUACUACGGCUUGCGGACCUGGAGUGUCACCAAGGAUGUGCAGGGCGAGGCCAGAAGGAGAGAAGCCUACGUGGGUGUAGACAAUAGAGCUAGAGGAUUCAUGGGUCGAGGCGUCGAAGUCGGUCGCGAGAUCGAACUGCCUCGACCUUUGUGGGGGAUGGUCUGA